AAAUCUUAGCCACAUUUUUUUGAAAUGAUAUUUAAUCUAAUUAAUAGUAUUUUAUCUCUAGUUAUUAUUCAUUCAAACCUGUGCGACGGAAGUGUUGCGGAGACAAAGCUUUUUACAGAUUUACUGAAAGGAUACAAUCCAUUGGAGAGGCCCGUUCAAAACUCAUCUCAGCCAUUAGAGGUUAAAAUUAAGCUUUUUUUACAACAAAUUUUGGAUGUGGAUGAGAAAAAUCAAAUUGUUUCAGUGAAUGCGUGGCUCAGUUAUACAUGGUUUGAUCAUAAAUUGCAAUGGGAACCGAAGAAAUACGGUGGAAUUCAGGAUAUUCGAUUUCCAGGAAGCUCAGAUCAUAUUUGGAAACCUGAUGUUUUAUUAUACAAUAGUGCUGCUGAAGAUUUUGACUCAACAUUCAAAUCAAACUUGCUCACAUAUCACACAGGAACUGUUGUAUGGAUUCCUCCUGGUGUAUUAAAGUUUGUAUGUCAACUCGACGUAACGUGGUUUCCAUUCGAUGAUCAAGUUUGUGAAAUGAAAUUCGGUUCAUGGACAUUCCAUGGUUACGCUAUUGAUCUACAAAUUGAUGAUGACACUAAUGGAACUCAAUCAAUGGAUCUUUCAACAUACCUGGUAAAUGGAGAAUGGCAGGUUAUCAGUACAAACGCAAAACGUGUCGUCAGUUAUUACAAAUGCUGCCCAGAACCAUAUCCGACUGUUAAUUAUUAUUUGCAUAUUCGAAGAAGAACCCUGUACUACGGUUUUAACUUAAUAAUUCCAUCUCUUCUCAUUUCACUUAUGGCAAUUCUUGGAUUCAUGUUUCCACCAGACGCUGGAGAGAAAAUAACUCUUGAGGUUACAAUCCUGUUGGCAAUCGUGUUCUUCCUGAGUAUGGUUUCCGAAAUGACGCCGCCAACGUCGGAAGCAGUGCCAUUAAUUGGAGUAUUCUUCUCCUGCUGUAUGCUCGUUGUUUCUGCUUCGGUUGUCUUCACCAUUGUUGUCCUUAAUUUACACUUCAGAAGUGCUGAUAGUCACGAGAUGAAUCCUCUAGUACGUCGUGUACUUCUGGAAUUCCUUCCUUGGCUUCUCUUUAUGUCACGUCCUGGAUACAAAUUUGUGAAAGCUAAUGUGAUUGAUAGCACUGACAAAAUGCCGAAAAAGCCAAAAAAUCCACUGGACUGCAAUCUUCCAUCUAAUCAUGCUGGAUAUGAAGCACAAAUUCUACUUCUUCAUUCGGUUCAUACAGAAUUAAGAAGAGUUGUUGCUUUUUAUAACAAGGAAGAACAUGAUGAAAGGAUUCAAACGGAUUGGAGAUUCGCGGCGAUGGUCGUCGAUAGAGCGUGUCUUCUACUUUUCACCGUUUUUAUUGUUAUUUCAAUAUUGGCUAUUAUGAUGUCAGCGCCUCAUAUUAUUGCCUAAUUUUGAAUUCAUAAACUGGCUAACAAUUUAAUAAACAUCAAAUAAAAUAAUAAUGAUCAUGAA